AUGUGGCCCCAGCUGCAGGACCUUCCCAGCACAAGCGAGAGCCAGCCACCUCUAUGCCGAUCAUACACCUCGACAGCCGCCAUAUACUGCGAAUUUGGGCACGAGGACCGCCUGGCAUUUUCCAGUGGCAGGAGGCAGCUGCGCUGGUGGCACAACUUCAACCAGAUGUUGGAGAUUGUUCUGGGUCGUUAUGGCGCUGUUUCGGCCGAGAGGAGCGAAGUGGGCGUCUGUGGGGUGCUGGGUGUGAGCAGCGCUGAUCAGGAGACAGACCCCUGGCGAGAGCUUAAGGCAAUGCAAUUACCAGGCGGGGGCACAAUGCCGGCGCGCAUAGGCGUGCAUAUGGGGGCAGCAGCUGAUGGGCUGGUGGGCUCUGCAAACACACUACAGUACAGAUUGGCGGGCCCGGCGCUGUCAGUGGCGCGCUCACUGGCGAGGGCAGCACCCUGGGACGGAGUUCUGGCCUCAGCUGAAGUGGUCACGAGGCAAUUGGAGCUGAAGUCACUGUGGCGACCUGCACAGCCGCUGACCCUGAGCAGGGGCGCCGUCCUAGACACGUAUCUGCUGCCAAUUCAGGCUGCGCCGGCCUACGCCCAGCACCCUUCCGCCCCCCAGGCCAGGACCUUUGGCCCCAGCGACUGGACGGCGUGCAAACAACCAUGUGCCGCGGCGGCCUGGCGCGUGCACGACGGCGGCGGCACCGCGCUGCACGGCGGUCUGCCACCCGGCUACCAGACGUGGGUCCUCUCCGCACGCGCGACCGCCGCCAGCUUCGCCGGCCGCGGUAGCUCGGCUGCACCCGAGCCGGCCGACGACCCGGGCGGCAACUCGCGCGCGACAGGCAGCCGCGCCGCGCAGCCGGCGGGCGCCGAAGAUGCGGGCCCGCAGCACUGGCCUGCCCAGAAGCCACCCAAAGCCGUGCCCGCGCCGGGCAGCGCCGCCGGCCGGCCAAAGCCGGCGGCGCCGGAGGCGGCAGCCGCCGCGGCGGAUGCUGCGUACCGGCUCCUGCAGGACGAUGCAGGCAGCGCAGAGGGGGAGCCGGACGCAGCCGAUGCAGCCUCUUUUGAGGAGGAGACAGCCAGCAGCGAUGGGUCUGACUCUGGUGCAGCGUCGGUGUCGGAGGACGGCUCUGGCUCUGGCGCGCUGUGGGAUUACUCAGACGCGGGGCCAACUGCAGUGAUCACAGGGGCGGAGGCACCCAUGGGCCUGGCGGCAUUCCCUUCGCCGAGGCCGCGGCGGUGGGUUUCUGUGGCGCCAAGUGCUUGGCAACCGACGGGACCGGGCGCAGGGCUCAGCUUGCACAGCCUCCCAAUUUUGGAUGACAGCCUUUUGCUGGGAGGCGUUGAGCAGCUGCCAGCGCUCAGCCACCGCGCCAGUUCGGCGCAGCCGCCACGCAGCUUCCCCGCGACUCCCGCGGCGUCCACGUCAGCUCCGGCGCAAUUGAGCAGCCGGCCCGCGGCGGCCGCUCCCGCGCAGGGCAAAAAAGUGGCUGCGGCGUCCUCGCAGCCCGAGCUGCGGCUACGUGGGGGGAGGGCGCAGAGCAAUGAGCUCCCAAAGGAAAUUUUCCUGCCACAGGCGUCAUGUUCGAGGCCGGCCGGCAGUUCGGCGUGGCGGUGGCGGCAGUGCGAAGAGGAGCCGGCCUCGUGUUGGCGCGGCGUUGCGGCAGCCGUCGCGGCGCGGUGCAGUGGCCGGGGCGGCCGUCUCGUCUCCCUGGACCUCCCGGACGGCACCGAGGUGCUGCAGGACGCAAGGCUGCAGUUUGCGGAUGCUGCUUUGGAACGGCGUUUCCAGGCCAUGUGGGCGCGGCACAAGCGCUCACACGAUCGCGCAGUCAUCUUCUUCUUCCUCGCCAUGUUUGCCCUUCGCGAGCUUCGCCUGCUUUACUUCCCAGGCUUUGCCCAGGUGACGGGCUACACACCAGGGGCGACGAAUGUGCUGGUCACCUGCUUCCUGUUCGGCCUGAUGGCGCUUAUGCAUAUUGACCAGCAGCUCUUCGAGCGUCAGCGCACCAGACUGACCCUUCUCAUGCGCAUCAUCAGGACUUUGGCGGUGAGCUGGCACCACGUGAGGUACUACGGCGUUGCCUCCUCGGUUGCGCAAGGCACCUGCCGCCCAGGCUUUCCCUUCUUCUCAGUGCUCGCCAAGAAUGCUCUGCCCUGGGCUGCCAUGAGCAUGUGCGAGGGUAAUUUACUGAGCGCGCAUCUGAUCGGCGAUGCUAUAGCGCUGGCGGCAGCUGCCGCGCAGGCGCCGUGGUUGUGCGGCGACAUGUGCUCCGGGCUGGGCCAAUUUUGCUGCUCCUCAUGGGUCAUCCUGCAGGCGGUGGGGGGACUGCUGCUGCCGACAGCCACAAUGUAUGUGCUGGAGCGACGCGUACGCGUGGCGUUCCUGCAUUCUCUUUAUGCCCCUGGCGGCAAGGCCGCUCCCGCCAAAAAAGAGGGCUUCGAGCACCUGCCUUUGGGCUCCAACAGCCUCGAUGUGGGGCCUAGCAGAUGA